UUGUCGCGUUCGUAAAAGAUGCCAAAUGUAGUCUUCGUGUCACAAUUACAUUAGUACUAUGUUUAUCAAUGGCAUCAUUUGUGGCAAUUCUUGGAAUGUUUGUUAAUAUUCAUUUCAAGAAAUAUAUGGUUACAGAAGAUUCAUAUCUUCCUCAACUGGACACAUUUGCUCCUCUAGCAUCUUGGUCACCAUUCUCAUAUUCUAUCUGCAACUCAUCUUUAUCUCCAUCAAUCCAAUUUCCAGUAAAAAGUGGAAGUUUAAGAGACUGGAUUGCUCCUAUGGAGAUAUGGCAUUCAAUGAAAGAUAAAGAGCUGCUUUGGCGUGCAUCAAUGGUGCCAAGAAUUGAUGAAUACCCUUAUAAUCGUACAUCAAAGGUUGCAUUUAUGUUUUUGACAAAGGGAAGUUUGCCUCUAGCACCACUCUGGGAGAGGUUCUUCAAAGGACAAGAAGGUCUCUACUCAAUUUAUGUUCAUACAUCACCAGAAUUCACUUUUGAACCAUCACAGUCAUCGGUUUUCCAUAACCGCAGGAUACCAAGCCAGCAAGUUGAAUGGGGAAAAGCAACAAUGGUAGAUGCUGAAAGACGAUUAUUAGCCAAUGCUCUGUUAGACUUCUCAAAUGAAAGAUUUGUACUACUAUCUGAGACAUGUAUUCCUAUCUUCAAUUUUACCACAAUCUACAAUUACCUAAUCAACUCCAACCAAAGCUUCCUAGCCUCAUAUGAUGAUCCAAGUCGUGCUGGCCGUGGCCGCUACAACAAGCGGCUGUGGCCAACCGUGACAUUGUCCGAUUGGCGUAAAGGUUCCCAAUGGUUUGAAAUUCACCGGAAGCUCACUGGAAAGAUAGUGUCCGAUGUGAAAUACUAUCCUAUUUUUAGAGACUAUUGCAAGCCUCCAUGUUAUAUGGAUGAACAUUACUUCCCAACUCUUGUGACCAAAAUUUGUCCUGAAUUGAACUCAAAUAGGAGCAUUACUUGGGUUGAUUGGUCUUUAGGGGGGCCUCACCCUAGAAAUUAUGUGAAAAAGGAUGUGUCUGAAGCAUUUUUGAAUUGGAUUAGGAAUGGGUUUAACUGUAGCUAUAAUGGGGCCAUGACCACAGUUUGCUUCCUUUUUGCAAGAAAAUUUCACUCUAGUGCUCUUCAGCCCUUGCUAAGGAUAGCUCCAGCAUUGCUUGGUUUCAGCUCUUAGGGCAUUUUUUAUUGGUUUUAUUAUUACAAUAACAUUAUAAUAUUUGUUCUAAUAAUAUCGUAGCUAGUGUAUAAUUUUAUAUU